GAUCCGACGCGCGGCCGGUUCGGUGAAAAUGCGCCAGGAAGUUCUGGUUCUGGGUGACCUGGCAGCGGUUCCUGCCCUCGGCUCCCCCACACGCCGGACCUCUGAGGGCAGCAGGGACUGAAACGAUGCAGUCGGUUCCCAUGAAGGUGGGGAGCAGCAGCGGCUCAGGCGGGUCGGCGGUGGAGGUCAGCUUCCCCGGCGCUCAGACCUCGGUGCUGGACAGCCUGAACCGGCAGAGAGAGGACGGCAGUCUGUGCGAUCUGUCCAUCCACGUUCAGGGACACGUCUUCAAGGCGCACCGCUGCGUCCUGGCCGCGUCCUCGCCAUACUUCCACGAUCAGGUGCUGCUGAAGAACAUGUCGACGGUCUCCAUCCCCGCGGUGAUGGACCCGCUGGCGUUCGAGAGCGUCCUGAGCUGCGCCUACACCGGCCAGCUCCGGAUGCUGCGUGACGACAUCGUUAACUACCUCACGGUGGGCAGCGUGCUGCAGAUGUGGCACAUCGUGGACAAAUGCACCGAGCUGCUGAAGGAGGGCCGCGCCGCAGCGGCAGGAGGAGCAGGAGGAGCAGGAGGAGCGCAGGACGCAGCAGGUGGAGGAGGAAGUUCGGCCAAUCCCGGCUGCAGCAGCAGCAACACUGAAACUGGUGCGACUGGGAGCACAGGUGGUGUCCCGGUUGGAGAGCCCAACGACCCCCAGAGGGUCCCCCAACCCUCCAGCCGGCCCUCGGUGAGCGAGAGCCAGUCGCCCAGCAGCACCAACUACUUCAGCCCCCGAGACGGGAGCAGCUUCCUGGGGGGAGGCGCAGCGGCCGGGGGGGCCUCUCUGGACGGAGGCAGGGCCAGUAACACCCCCAGCUACUGCACCCCAUCAGGGGGAGAGGAGGCCCUGCUCAUAGAGGAGGAGGAGGGCGAGGAAGAGGAGGAGGAGGCCAUGUACCACCACAGGAAGAGAGGAAGAGGAGGAGGCAGCGGCAGGAGGAAGAAAGUCAGCUCAGUGCUGGAGCAGGAGGUCGGAGUCAGCGACAGCUUCGGCGUUUCCUCCUAUCAGGACGGGGAGAACUCUGAGGCGGCGCUGCAGAAGCGUCCCACCUAUAGCCAGCCCAGCAUCAUGCCGCGCAAGCAGUGGGUGGUGGUGAAGACGGAGCGGACAGAGGACGACGACCUGAUCGUCGUGUCCGGAGAGGAGGGCGGCGAGGACGAGGAGGACGAAGACGAGAGGGAGAUGGAGCUGGUCAGGGAACGGGACAGAGGGAACUUCAACAUCUCCAACAUCAGGAGCCUUUCGGCGGAGCUGGCGGGCCGAGCGGAGAGCGACAUGGACUCACAGCUGGAUUACUGCCAGUCAUCAGAGGACUACCUCAAGUUUGAGGGCAGCCUGAUGGAGCAGACGUUAGCCCAGCACCUUCAUGACGGCGCUGCGGGUCAGAACCAGAGCGCCAACCGGGCCGUGUCGGCCCUGCUGGGUCAGGUCCAGUCCGCGGCCUCGGCCCGGGCGCAGCUCUUCCCUCUGGACAUGCAGGGGAACCAGAUCCUGCUGUACAGCCAGGCGUCCGGCCUCGCCCUGGACCCGGCCGCUCCGCCGCUGGGCGUGGCCGCCGGCAUGAUGGGCGGAGCCUCUUUCAAAACGCCCGGCCUGGAGCACGGCGCCGUCCCGCUGCAGACCGGAUUGGGUCCGGAGGGUUCUGACGGCGGCGGGCUCGCAGGCGGAGCCGGCGGCGGCGGCGGCUCAGGAGGAACUGCCAAGGUGUUCAUGUGUCACUGUGGGAAAACCUUCACCCACAAGAGCAUGCGGGACCGGCACAUCAACAUGCACCUGGACCUGCGGCCGUUCCACUGCCCCGUCUGCGCCAAGAAGUUCAAGAUGAAGCACCACCUGACGGAGCACAUGAAGACCCACACCGGCCUCAAGCCCUACGACUGCCUGGGCUGCGGCAAGAAGUUCAUGUGGCGCGACAGCUUCAUGAGGCACCGCUCGCACUGCGAGAGGCGCGGCGCCGACACAGCGGGGGGCGGGGAGGGAGGGCGGCGAGGAGGAGGAGGGGGAGAGGAAGGCCCGGACUUUAACAGCUCCACCCACCUGCUGCUGUCUGCUGCUGACGGAGGUCAGGGAGGAGCAGCCAGAGGAGGAGGAGCUUCUGCAGCUGCUGCUGGACAACAUGGCGGCUCCUCCGCAGGAAGCAGCCACCAGGGCAACACCAUGGCCGCUGCCACCGUGCUGGGCGUCGUCUCCCAGAGUCCGGGUCCGGAUCACGGGUCAGGAAUGUUCGGAGGGCUGGGAUUGGCUCCAGGUGUGUGUGAGGAAGACGUGUGUGAGGUCAGCGCAGACGGAAGCAGCGUGACUUAAACCAGAGCUGAGGGAACCAAUGGGAGCCCGGUUCUGAUGGUUCUGGUGGUUCUGAUGGUUCUGAUGGUUCUGGUGGUUCUGAUGGUUCUGGUGGUUGUAAUGGUUCUGGUGGUUCUGAAGGUUCUGAUGGUUCUGACGGUUCUAUUGGUUCUGAUGGUUUUGAAGGUCCUGGUGGUUCUGAUGGUUCUGAAGGUUCUAAUGGUUCUGGUGGUUCUGAAGGUUCAGGUGGUUAUGAAGAUUCUGGUGGUUCUGAUGGUUCUGAAGGUUCUAAUGGUUCUAGUGGUUCUGAUGGUUCUAAUGGUUCGGAAGGUUCUGAUGGUUCUGGUGGUUCUGAUGGUUCCUGCUGCUGUUUUAUCCUGGAAAAAGAAAAUGAAAUAAGAGGAAUUUGCACUUUGUUGAAACUCCUGUUGGAUCUGAAGGACCGGAAGAACCUGGAGAUUCGGAUUGGCCUUCAUGGUGGUUCUGUUUCAGUUCCUUUAGUCUUAAAUGACCCGGUUCUUUUGCACAAACAGAAAUGAAAAAUGGCCUCAUCAGAACGGACCAUCGCCUCUGAAUAAACUUCAAAUAUUCUAAGAUAAAAGUUUAUUUUCUUCUCUGUUUGUUGAGGGGAAACCAGAAGGCUGCUGGUUUCUGUUUCCAGAUGCUGUGAUUCCUCUGCAGCUCCGUUUCGUGACCUGUUGCUGUGCUCAGAUAAAACCUGCAAGACUGAUUAGAAAUAAAACAUUUAAACUACAUUCAUGUUUUUAUUAUAAAUCAGGAAGCAGCAGGAUUUUUCCUCUACAGAUUAAACUGUUACUCAUAAUUCAUCCAGAUUAAUCUCAGUCAUGCAUUUUCAUGGAUUAUUCUAAGAUAUUUUCCAGGUUUGUGAUUUUUUUAAAGCUUAAAUUUUGAUGAUAAAAUUGGAAAAAAAUCAAAACUUUCCAGCUUUACAUGAAUAUCCCCCACUAGGGGGCGACAGAGCAACAGUUUUAACUUUCUACCUUUGUUCUUUCAGCUUUAGCACCUUGAAAAUAAUAAUGUUGAUAUUAUUUCUAUACAUAUUUAAAUAUAUGUACUAUAAACAAUUUAUAGUUGAGUUUUAUUCUCGUGUUUUGAACAAAUAAAGUGAUUCCUUAAUGUCAGCUGGUUGUUCAGGAAAGGAAAAAAACUGGUAAUUUAGAAGCAUAAUUUAUUAAAAUUAUUAUUAUUAACAUCAUGUUUCAUAGUUUUUCUUAUCAUAUGUUCUAGUUUUUAGCAUCCCAGUUGAUUUUCAGGUCCUGUUUUAGUUCUGAUUUGUUUACAUCAUCAUCUGCAUGGGAGCAUAUUAAUUAUUUUAAAAUAUGAUAUAUAUUCAUUACAAGUAUAUGAAUAAAUUUUGGGUUUUUUACACACAUAAAUCUUCUAGUUUAACAAUAAAUUUAAUAAACUAGAACGAUUACAAUUAUAAAACAGCCUACAGUAUUUAUAUUUGUGUUUUGA